AAGGGGCCGGGCCGGCGGAAGCGGCGCCGGGAUCCAUGGCGGCGCUGGGCCGAGCCGCGAGCUGCCAGACUGGAGUGACUCAAUGGAUAACAGCAUGCAGUGGAUUAUUGCAGGCAGCCACAGUCCAAGGCCAGUGCAGAAGGAUGCUGCAUGGUGUUUUUCAGGCACACAAUGCCAGCAAGGUCAGACCACCAAAAGCCUGUGGGGGGUUGAUCCAAGCCAAUGGAGCCAUUGCACAGCCAAACAGAUCCUUCUACACAACAAAUAAGCAUCCUUCUGCAAAGGAUUCCUUGCAGCCAUCAGAGGAGAAAGUGAGUGCUUUCACCAGGAUCAUAGAAGCCCUGGGUUUCACAGGCCCCCUGAAGUACAGCAGAUGGAAGAUCAAGGUGGCAGCGCUGCGCAUGUACACCUGCUGCGUGGAGAAGACUGACUACGAGGAGUUCUUCAGCAGGUGCCACAUGCCUGAUACUUUGAAUUCAUGGUUUCUAGUUGCCCAGCUGCAUGUCUGGAUGUGCCUGGUGCGGAUGCGGCAGGAGGGGCGCACGGGCAAGUACAUGUGCCGCUACAUCGUGCACUGCAUGUGGGAGGACAUCGAGCAGCGCGGCAAGUUGAUGGGGAUGAACUCUGUUGCUCUCAAGGAAGAUAUGAGAAGCAUGGUAGAGAAUUUCUACGCAGCUCUCUUUGGGUACGAUGAGGGAAUCCUGUCUGAUGACCACGUCCUGGCAGCAGCUCUCUGGAGGAACCUCUUUAACAAGAACUGUGAGGACCCUCGGCACCUGGAGCUGCUCGUGGAGUACGUCCGCAAGCAGGUGCAGCACCUGGACGCGCUGAGCGGGGAGGAGCUGCUGCUGACCGGGGAGGUGAGCUGGCGGCCGCUGGUGGAGGACAACGCCCGCAGCAUCCUCAAGCCUCUCUCCCCUGUUUACAACGACGAAGGACUCUGAGAGCUGCAGCACUUCCUAGCAGUCUGUCAGACCAGCCUGGGGAGCAUGCCUGAAACGGGACUGGGCUGAGGCCCUGGGGUGACAGGAGCCAAACUGCUGCUGAGAAGGAAAGAGUGAAUUAGCUCUCCUGUGCCUGGUGCCUCCCUCGGUGGCAGGUGGGACAGCCACUCUCCUGCAUCUGUCCUGCAAAUACAUGCUAGCUACCAGCCUCUGGGUGACAGCCCUGCCUUCUGCCUCUGCAAACCAGGUGUUGUUCUGUGACUUAGCUCAAGGACACAUUUCUGCCCUUUGCCUCCUUUGCAGAGCUGCUGCAGAGAGGUCCAGCAGUGGCCUUCUGCUCUCUGAAUGGCUGAAAUGCAAACUGAGCUUUGCACAUCAAAGCAUUUCCAGGGCCUGGGCUGGAGAUGGAGUAGUCCCCACUUGUUUUAGAGAGGUUGAGAAUUGCUUUAAGAGGUUCUGAAGGGUUCUGUGGAAAUCCUUUUUAGGAACUCUCUGCUCUGUUGCACAAGGAGAGGAGAAUGCAGAGAAUGGUUCAUGGUCAUCCUCUGUGGCUCUGGGCAUCCUAAUGGGAAGAAGGUUCAGCAUGCAGCCAAGCUGUCACUGAGAGCUGCCACUGAGAGCUGUCACUGAAAGCUGUCACUGAGAGCUGUCACUGAGACCUGUCAUUGAAAGCUGUCACUGAGAGCUGUCAUUGAGAGCUGCCACUGAGAGCUAUCACUGAGAGCUGCCACUGAGAGCUGUCACUGAGAGCUGCCACUGAGAGCUGCCACUGAGAGCUGCCACUGAGAGCUGCCACUGAGAGCUGUCUCAGUGCCUGGGCUUUACUCUGCCUUGCUGCCAUCUCCAGAUUAUUUCAAAGCUGUGGUCCAAGAAUUUUCUUCUGAAAAUAAAUCUGCUUCUGUCUGUGGCUCUCAAUGGGACAGGCCUCUGCUGACCUCCCCCCCCCCAGAACAGUGGUCCAAGACCUACCAACUCCCCCAGUGAAAACCUGAUCUGGCUCUGCAGGCAAAUUAGGCCAACGUAGUAAUUACAGGAGGAGCUCCACUGGUGACAUCAGCAGAGGCUGAGGUGUGCUGUGUAGGUGGAUGCUUCCCUAGGCUGCUCCCAGGGCAGUGACAUCAACAGUUUGCAUUUCUCUCCUGUCUCAAACCCAAGUCAGUAAUAAAAGUCAGUCUGGCUGAA